AAAAAAAAGUGUAGAAGGAAACAAAAAAGAAAAGGGAAAAAGACGAGAGCUUUUGGUCUCUGUCUCUGCGUUGAAGUUGCAGAGAUCAAAAGAAGGUAAGGUCAUCAGAAAUGGUGUCCAUUACCAAUCUCUUGAAGGAGCCGAGGCAUUCACAGUUCAUCAAAAAGCUCAUUCCUUGGACCAUUUAUGCCCUUCUCCCCAUCGCCCUCUUCCGCUUAUACUUUCAUCCAGUCCAUCUCCCAGAUUCUCCCAUUCAUCGAACCCCCCAAAUCAUAGCUUCUUCUUCUUCUUCUUCUUCUUCUUCUUCUUCUUCUUCUUCUUCUUCUUUGUCGCCUCCUCAUUUUUCACCUUCCUCUGUUCAUGAAGAAGAAGAAGAAGUUAAUGCGAUUAAUGAAACUCCCUGCGACUACACCGACGGCCAAUGGGUCCCCGACAAGCUGGGACCUUUAUACAAUGGCUCAACCUGCGGCACAAUUAAAGACGCCCAAAAUUGCCUUGCUCAUGGCCGCUCUGAUUUGGGCUAUCUCUACUGGCGAUGGAAGCCCCACAAAUGCUCUCUCCCAAGGUUUGAUCCCAGCAAAUUCUUUCACCUCAUGACUAACAAACACAUUGCCUUCAUCGGCGAUUCAAUGGCGAGGAACCAAUUAGAGUCCCUCCUCUGUAUUUUAGCCUCUGUUUCCACUCCGGAACUCGUUUACACUUCCGGCGAGGACAACAAAUUCCGGCGAUGGAAUUUCCCAUCUCAUAAUCUCACUGUUUCGGUCUACUGGUCGCCGUUCCUCGUCGACGGAAUUGAAAAAUCAAACGCCGGCCCUAACCACAAUGAACUGUUCUUACAUCGCGUAAACGAGAAAUGGGCUGUGGAUUUGGAUGGUUUUAACUUAGUAGUGUUCUCAAUCGGGCAUUGGUAUUUACAUCCCGCAGUGUAUUACGAAGGGGAUGAUUCUAUAAUGGGUUGCCAUUACUGCCCUGGUUUGAACCACACCGAGAUUGGAUUCUACGACGCGUUGAGAAAGGGAUUGAGGACGACGUUUGAGGCUGUAAUCGACAGAAGGGGUUCGUCAAGCAGCAAUGAAUUGGGUAUCUUUUUAGCGACAUUUUCGCCGUCGCAUUUUGAAGGAGAGUGGGACAAGGCAGGGGCGUGUCCUAAAACGAAGCCGUAUAAGGAAAGCGAGAAGAAAUUGGAGGGAAUGGAUGCGGAAAUAAGGGCGAUUGAAGUGGAGGAGGUGGAAGAAGCGAAGGGGAGAGCGAAGCAGAGUGGGGGGCUGAGAAUUGCAGCGUUGGAUGUGACGAAAGUUUCAUUGCUGAGGCCUGAUGGGCACCCUGGGCCUUACAUGCAUCCGUUUCCAUACGGCAAUGGCGGCGUUGGGGAGCGGGUUCAGAAUGAUUGCGUUCAUUGGUGCCUGCCUGGGCCUGUGGACACUUGGAAUGAGAUACUCCUGCAGAUCAUGAACAGCUGGGAGCAGCAAUCUGGAUUGUGAGAGGGUACGCAUUCAUCAUGUUCAUCUUAAACUCGUUCCAAAAUGUUUGGAUUUUGAAGUUUUGUUUUUCGUUGGGAUGGGGAAUGUGAAUUGAUUAGGAAAGCAUUGUUGGUUUUGCAAUUUUUUUGGGAAUUUAAAAUUUCUAUUGUUCUUGGGAUUAUCUGAAAUGGAAAUUGAUACACUUAACUGAA